AUGUUGCAGUCAGAUGCCGACAAGUAUUUCCAAACUUCCGAUUCGGUUGCCGAGCAGAAACGCAGAGAGGCCAAAGCCUCGAACAAAAAUGGCAACCCCGUCGCCCUGACCUCAAAGAUCCUCGCUGUCCAUGCCGACCCACAAGAUCCGGAUGCUGUCUACAUCGCCGAAGCUGCUGGUAGCGCAAGACGUGUCGUCCUCGAAACUGGCGACAAGUCAACCGUCUACACGGGCGCUUUUGCCCCCUUGACAUCCAUCACUAUCCUGAGAUCAUCGUCAACAGACCCCAUCCUCUUCGCUGCAUGCUGGGACAAGACAAUUCACUCAUGGGACCUCAAGACUCGCAAACCUCUGCGCCGCUACACAGGCCACUCAGACUUUGUGAAAUGCGUCCUCGUAACUGAGCUGUCCGGUACUCCUGUGCUUAUGUCUGGCUCUGCCGAUUCUAGCAUUAUCGUAUGGAACGUUGAAACAGGCAAAAAGAUACACACACUCAAGGGCCACGCCCGCGCUGUCCUUGAUCUGGCUCUCGACCCAGCAGCAACCUCAAAAGACGAACUUUGUCUCUUCAGCGCCGACACUGUGCGCGAUAUCCGUAGCUGGAAGAUCGCUCUUGACAGUGCUAGUGAGGUGCUGGCAGCUCCACUGCGACCUCACGAGACUUCUGUCAAUCGUCUAUGCUUCGAGGACUCGCUUGUCGUAGACGCCGACGACGCCGAUGCUGAUGCAGAUCUUUGGACCGCGUCUUCAGACAAGACAGCUCAGAGACUGGUUCGCUCCCGUGAUUGGGCUACAGACACCACACUUGCUCAUCCCGAUUUUGUACGAGACAUUGUCAUUGACCAACAAGCUGGAUGGGUCGUCACUGCAUGCCGUGAUGAGGAGGUGCGUGUCUGGAAUUCUGCUUCUGGAGAGCUUGCUUGUGUUUUCAGUGGCCAUUUCAACGAGGUCACUGGUCUUGCCCUGCUACCUCCCACACAAGGCAGUAGAGCCAGCCGUGUUGUCAGUGUUAGCAUUGAUGGCACGCUAAGAGUAUGGUCUCUUGACCCUGCAGAAAUCAAGAAGGCCAAGGAAGAGUACGAGCGUCAGCAAAACGGCAUCGAGGUUGAGGAAGAGCCUGAGGUCAAGAAGGAGAGCAUGCUCACGGCAGAAGAGGAGGCCGAGCUGGCUGAGCUAAUGGAUUCUGACGACGAAUAG